CUUUACAAAAGGUGCAUAUUAAAGAUGACUGUCGAAACUGAUAGCUUUCCUGUUGGCUAUUUUUAUAUCAUUUCAAAAAUGAAUGGUAUGGCUAUGGAUAUCGAUAAGAAUGAUGGUGUCAAGGCUGGAACUCGUAUUGUUACUGCACUCAAAGAAGAAAGGAAGCCUGAAAGAGAUAGCCAAUUGUGGAUCCACCAAAAUGGUUUUCUGACUAAUAAGUUUAGCGGCCUUGUUCUCGAUGUCGGUAAAUCCAAAAAGUUUAUAGACAUCUUUACUGGUCAUGACCAUUUAUAUGUUGAUGUCAUGAAACAUGAGGAGAAUGCAGAUGAUCAACGUUUUGGAUAUUCUAGUGAGCACGGCCACAUUUAUACUCUGUCAGAAACAGACCAAGUUGUUGACAUACGUAAAAAAGAAAUGGAAGCUGGUGCUACCAUUAUGAUUUAUAAAAAGGCAGAGACACCUGAAAAAGGUAUCAAUCAACUCUGGGAUUUACAAUUAGCUGAUCCUCCACGCGUUUUAGAUUCUUCCGACGAUGAAGAAGAUGAUUGCAAGCGUGCUCGCUUAACAGCUUGGUUUGGCAACUGGUUUGGCUGGGGCCAUAAUGAAAAGAACGAGGUGUUACAAGAGAAAGAACUACAAAAGGCUCACAAGAAAGUUUAUGAGAAGAAGAAAUCGCAUUUGAGCUACGAAAUUAUUGCUGGUGCCGUUGCUGUACAAGCUGUGAAAAUGUAUAUGGAAAAGCAAGAAGAAAACGGCGAAGAAGUUCGCUUCAAAGGAGCCAAGGAAGCAAUUGCUGCUUACGCUGCCAAGGAAAUGGUAAAAAUGUUCACUGAACGCGGAACUGAUGAUGAUGAUGACGACGAAGAUGAGGAACAAAAGGAAAAGAAACAAUCUUUACUUCAAAAAAUGGCUCAGUCUGCUGCUCUUAACUAUUUCGAAACUAAGUACAAGAAUUAAAAAAAGCGCUAGCUGUUAGUUCAUUACAAAGCACGUCCUGUUCAUCAAUAUACGAAGAUUGUAAUAAAUAAAAGAAAUAUACUUAAAAAUGAAG